AUGCUGGCCAUUAACCCAGUGACGGCGGUGACGCGCAUCCUGCCUGGCAGCGGCACGUGCACGGGGGAUUCAUCCUCAGCCCUCGGCAAGAGGCAGCAUUCAGCAAACAUGCCAGGCAGGAAAAAUCACCUGGGCGCUACGCUUCUGCCUGCGCCCCUUCGUCGCCGCCGGCGGGCGGAGCCCGGCUUGGCCGGCCCGCGGGCGGAAGCCAGGCGGCGGCAGCGCUGCCGUCCUUGCCCGGUUCCGCCCUGUCGCCGCUCCCUCAGCAUGGCGGCAGAUAGGGACGGUCGUGGCGGCAGCGGCCGGACCUGCUUCGUGCUGGGCGCUUCGGGCGCGACGGGCCGGGUCUUGCUGCGGGAGCUGCUGUCCCGGCGGCUCUUCGCCAGGGUGACGCUGAUCGGACGGCGCCGGCUGAGCCUGGGCGAAGAGGACUCGGGGGUGGCCGAGCAGGCGGUGGUGGACUUCGAGCGGCUGGGCCAGCACGCUGCCGCCUUCCAGGGACACGACGUCGGCUUCUGCUGCCUGGGCACCACCAGGGCCAGGGCUGGCGCGGACGGCUUUGUCCGUGUGGACCGUGACUACGUUGCACAGGCUGCAGAGCUGGCACGGGCAGGGGGCUGCAAACACUUCGUGCUGGAGUCCUCCCGGGGAGCGAACCAGCACAGCCGCUUCCUCUACCUCCGUGUGAAGGGAGAAGUAGAGAACCUGGUCCAAGCUGUUGGUUUUGAUCGCUGUACCAUUCUCCGGCCAGCGGUACUGCUGUGCAAGCGCCAGGAGUCCCGGCCCAUGGAGUGGGUGGUCCAGCAGUUCCUGGGUGCUGUGGCUUGGAUCUUCCCCACUGCUUACUCAGUGCCUGUGGAAACAGUGGCCAGGGCUAUGGUGGCCAGUGUGCUGCAGCCAGGCAAGGGGAAGGUGGAGGUGCUGGAGAAUGGAGCCAUCCACCAGCUGGGAAAGGCAGUGCCACAGCAGGGCACUUAGAGCAAAACGGGAUGGGCAGGAAGGAGCUUGAUUGAUCGUUCAGAUGCUCUUCUGGGCCGAGGGUGAACACACACAUAGAGGAGCAGGCUGCUUGCAGGCUAACAUGGAGGUAGAGGUGCACUUCUUUGCAUGGCAGCUAAUAGUGUCAAGGGAUCAAAAAUGCAGGUGCUGGCUGGUGGGUGAGGAGAAUGAUUGUGCUCUGUUGCCUGGGUCCAGCAUGUGAAUCUGGGUAAAAACUCUGCAAUCCGGGCAAUCCUUUGAAUUCAGGCCUUAAAUAAA